ACUUCUCCAAGUUUCCUUCUUCAACCUCGAGAUUUUCAUGCGAGACAACUAAAAAGUAAAAAAGUCAACUUUUUUAGCUACCAACAGUUUUAGCUGUCUGUCUGUUUAUAUCGCUAUCAAUUUAACAAAUUUGGUUUGAUUAAUCAUAAGUGGGCACACUUUGAGGCGCUUUUCAAUCUCUCUCCACUUCAUCUGCUGAACCCCUUUUUCUUUUUUUCUCGACCUUUAUAAGUUUGAAAUAUAAAUUGGGUAGCUGUAACUUUGCUUCACAUUUUUCUUCUGAGGGUUGUGUGCCAGAAAGCUGAAAGAAUUAGCUUUAAUUUGAAGGGUUUUAAGGAAUUGGGAUCGUUGUUGUUUUGAAAUGGGGUGUGAGAAUUCCAAAGAUGCUGUGAAAUUGCCUGCUUCUGAUAAUUUCUCUCGCCUUGCUGCUGAUACUGUCUUUACUGAAGAUGAAGUGGAGAUUUUAUUUGAUUUAUUCAACAGAGUUAGCAAUUCUGUUAUAAAAGAUGGUUUUAUUCAGAAGGAGGAACUUCAACUUGCAUUAUUCAAGAAUAGUAAGAAGAAAAGCCUUUUCCUGGACAGAAUGUUUGAUCUCUUUGACGUCAACAACAAUGGCCUCAUUGAAUUUGGAGAGUUCGUUCGAUCAUUGAGUGUCUUUCACCCUAGAACUCCUGAAACAGAUAAAUUGGAGUAUGCAUUUCGGUUGUAUGACCUGAGGGGAACUGGCUAUAUUGAGCGUGAAGAGUUGAAGGAAAUGGUGGUGGCGCUUCUGAAUGAAUCAGACUUACAUCUCUCAAAUGAUAACAUAGAAGCCAUUGUGGAUAAGACAUUCACGGAAACAGAUUUGAAAGGUGACGGUAAAAUCGACAUGGAAGAGUGGGAAGAAUAUGUAGCCAAAAAUCCCAAACUGCUAACAAACAUGACUCUUCCUUACCUAAUGUGAGUUACUAGGGACAUUAACCUUGCUUUUCCGAGCUUUGUGGUGAACAAAGAAGCCGAAUGCUUACAAAGACAAGAAACUGCAUGAGGAGAGAAGUGGACACGAGGUCUUUCUUUUGACAAGAACCUUGAUCCCAAAGGUGCAAGAAGCUGCGUUUACGUUUAGUACUUUAGUGGAUGAUAGUUCAAGAAAAUGCAGCAAUGAGCCAUGCAGGGGUAAGGUUGUAAUUCUAACCAGACUCACUCCUUAGGGGAAAGCUUUUGUGAUUGCAGAUGAUUUGCGCGCUGCACUGAUGCAUUAUAUUAUGAGGAGUAUGAUUUAACACUGUGAAAAGCAUUCUCCAGAUCAUGAACAUAACGCUUCCAUUGUACACGGAACUAGUAUAUCAUUAGAGAGUAGCAUAAUGAGUAAUUUUAUCCGAGUAUUUUCAGAUCCUGAUUGCAGAAAUGAUCACAUAAUCAGCCAUCUUUUUGUCCUAGAUAAAAUUAAGAUAUACUCUGCACGUAGUGUUAUCUUCCAGUCCUUCAGAUAGGCUUCAGCCGCGUGCGCGUUCAUGCACGUGCACGUUCGUCUUUUGUGCGGCAGAGGCGUUACGAUAGGACUCACCGUUUAUGUGGUGGUGGAAAAUUUGAGUUGUGCAACUUCUUGGAAGGGAUUAUUUAAAGUUUUGGGAGUACCUAAAAUUGACGUUGAAACA